UAUUCAAUGAUUUGUGUACUUUUACUUGCUUUUCCAUUUCCUUCCCGUUCCUAACUUCCAAUCAAAAGGUCAGAAAUUUCUUCUCUUUGCCAUAUUUUCCUUUUCAUAUUACAAUCACACACAAAACAAGAAGAAUAAAGAGUGAUGAGCACAGAAGAGACUCUCGUUGAAGCUGCACUACGAGUUCUGAACACAGCUGACCCAGUCGAGAAGGCUCGUAUCGGCGAUGAAGUAGCAAACAGAUGGCUGCAAGGCCUCAUUUCUCAGCCUUAUAAUCAUUCUGUUGAACUCCCUGUUCCUGAUCGCCCAGCCCGUCUCACAAAUGUGAAGCUGGUGUCGCCAAGUCUCAUGCCAAAACUUGGGAAAGCGGGAAGCUUGCAGAGUAGACAGGCCAUUGUACACAGUCUUGUUCACACUGAAAGCUGGGCUAUUGACUUGUCUUGGGAUAUAAUUGCUCGAUUCGGCAAGCAAGAGUCAAUGCCAAGAGAAUUUUUCACUGAUUUUGUAAAAGUUGCACAAGAUGAAGGGCGGCAUUUUACUCUACUUGCUGCACGGCUUAAGGAACUCGGAUCUUUCUAUGGAGCUUUACCCGCUCAUGAUGGCCUAUGGGAUUCAGCCAUUGCUACUUCUAAAGAUCUAUUGGCUCGUUUGGCUAUUGAACACUGUGUUCAUGAGGCCAGAGGACUUGAUGUGAUACCAACCACAAUAUCCCGUUUCCGCAAUGGCGGUGAUAAUCAGACAGCUGAAUUAUUGGAGAAUGUGGUUUAUCCCGAAGAAAUAACUCACUGUGCUGCUGGAGUAAAAUGGUUCAAGUAUCUUUGCUUGAGAUCAAGAAAUCCAAAUCCAGGCGACCUCUCGUUACAAGAAAACAGUGACACCGUGGAUGUAGACAGUGAAGUCAUUCAAAGGUUCCACUCCACUGUGAGGACACAUUUCAGAGGGCCGUUGAAGCCUCCUUUCAAUGAGCAAGCACGAAAAGCUGCUGGAUUCGGUCCACAAUGGUAUGAACCUCUUGCCGUUAAAGACUACACAAUGGAAUAAAGGUAUUUCUUCUCUGGUUUCUAUAAUUUAUGAUGCUUAAAGCUACAGGAGGGAAAUUGGACUCUGGUUAGGGAAGUUUGUCUUUGUUUCCAAUUUUCAUGAUAUUAAGCGCACCUGUUACAGUGGAUUAUUAUAACUUCAGUGUUAGGAGGACUCUUCUAACUGGACCCUCAACUGCAAGGGACAAUACCACAGCAGCAAUUCUUUGGAUCCUUCUCAUUAUCAGGUGUUGUAUUUAAUUUAAAAUUUUAUAUCGAACUGACAGUUAAAAUGGGAAGCUUUAGAAGGUCAUUAUGACCGAACUUGACAACCAAUAUUCUUUUCUUUGAACUGCUGUUUGGUGAUAGCAAAAGAUUUUGGUUGCUGUUGUA